AUGCAACAGUGGAUAACGGGACUCAACACCACCUGCGUCCUCUGUAACGACACUCAGGAAUCAUGCUCCCACCUCUUCUUCGAGUGUCGCUACUCAGAACAGGUGUGGAAGAAGCUAGUAGGAGGAAUGAUGCAGGAGGGAUACACUGCAGAUUGGACUGAUUUAGUUGAGAUUAUAUCCAAACCUUGGGUUAACCAAACGAUGACAUUCCUCAUCCGCUACACUCUCCAAGCAACUCUUCAUGCGAUAUGGAGAGAAAGAAACUUGCGUAGGUAUGGUGAACAGCCACAUGAUGCAGCUCAUUUGGUCCAGUUUAUCGACAAGACAGUCAGGCUCAAGCUCCUUUUCAGUCAAAGGAACAGGACACAAACAUUUUGA